ACAACAUUAAAAUUUUAUUUAUGUAAGUACCAAUUUUACUUUCAAACUGAAGCGAAAACAGAAAAUUCCAAUAGGGACACACCUUAUUAACCACUAGAAUUCGAGUUUAAAAUGGUCGUUAGAGUACAAAAAACGAGAGGGGGAAUAAUUUGAACAAAUGGAUUCGGUCACACUUUACCCGCUUAAUAAAAAGUAAACAAAUUUCAACUGCUUACGGAUAGAGUCAGCAUAAACAUAAACAUAAACAUAAAGAGUUCUAGUUUACAUAAACUCUUUGCCACAAACCUAAAAUGGAAGGCUUUCAGAAGAGGAUUAACCUCAAAACAGUGCAAGAAACGAAAGCGAAUGAGGGGAAUCCCCAGGCUGCUGAAUUGGCAGGAACCCUUUCUCCAUCCCGGAAUAUUAAGGAGCAUAAGCUACAGAACACAUGGACCCUGUGGCUUCUGGAUGUCGAUCCCGCCAAGUCGUGGGAGGACAACCUGAACAAGAUUGGCAGCUUCAGCUCCGUCGAAGCCUUCUGGCGAUUGUAUUACCGCAUCGAGCCGCCUUCAAAGCUCAAACUGGGCAGUGAUUACUCACUCUUUAAAGAGAAUAUUCGUCCCACGUGGGAGGACCCGUCAAAUGUGCAGGGCGGUCGUUGGUUGAUCAUAGUAAAUAGAAACUCCCAGGACGUUAUGGACCUUCUGUGGCUCGAUGUUUUGCUUUGUCUGAUUGGCGAGGCCUGCCAUCAUUGCGAUCAGAUCUGCGGAGCUGUCGUUAGGAUUCGCCGAAAGGUCAAUAAGAUCUCCAUCUGGACUAAUAAUGCCAAGGACAAGGAGGCCAUCCUAGAGAUUGGCUACAAACUACGCGAAGUCGUGCGCCUGGGAAACAAUACCUCUCUUCAGUACCGGGAGCACAAGAAGGUCGACUCUCUGGACUCCAAGUCAUUGUUUUUACUCAAAUAAUGUAACAAUUUUUUUGAAAAGCUUUUAAAUGCUUAAAAAUAUCACAUUUUUAUAAUCGACUCUUAUCUUCAUUCGUUGCGAUGUUGUCAGAAACUGAAAAGGCUUUGUUGUAAUCCGUAAUCGGAUAAUGUUUGAGAAUUAAAAUUUUGAUUUAAAAGGGUAUGCAUUUAAUAUAUGUAAAUUUGUUAUAGUUUUCGAAUGUAACGAAACAAAUCCGAAACACCAAAGAGCCAAAUAUACCUAAAGUAUUGCAAAACAA